AUGAUAGCGAGCAAACCAACAAUUCUGUCCCUUAUUAUAUCAAUUAUUUUCUUUAAACUUCAAGGUUACAAAAGAUUCUUCAAUUCAUUAGGAAAUAAUGGAUGUUCGUUCAAGAAUGGAAGAUGCUCUCAUCAUUGUCAUAAUACCCCAAGGGGACCCCUGUGCGUGUGUCCUAUUGGUUUCUCUCUGGGUUCUGAUAACAAGAACUGUCAUGAUAUCGAUGAAUGUGAGGAGGGUGUUGAYGCAUGUAGCCAGAUUUGCACAAAUACCAUUGGUGGAUAUGCUUGCGAUUGCGUGACAGGGUAUAACGUGACAAGUGACGGCUAUGGGUGUGACAUACAAGACUACGAGCUUCUGUUCAUGAUCGGUCAGCGGUUAUUCGUGUUACCUUCAAACAAGUACUCCCCGUCAUCACUAYUGCCUGUACCUAGMGACGGGGGAGGCAUGGAUUAUGACUACACUACCAUGACUGUCUACUGGGCAGAUAACAUCUUCAAGGUGAUCUACAAAGCUAAUUUACACGGACUUUGGAGUGACGUUCAAAUUCUUUUGUUUGGUGAGUUUGGGAGAGUUGAUGGGAUCGCAGUGGACUGGAUCGGCAAGAACCUUUACUGGGCAGACAACGGUAAGGAUACCAUUGAAGUUGCUUCGUUAUCUGGACAUUACCGCGCGGUACUGGUGAACACGGGCCUUGACAGACCACGUGGWAUUGCUUUGGACCCGGAGCAUGGAUAUAUGUAUUGGACUGACUGGGGAGAAGUCGCCAAGAUUGAAAGAUCCCACAUGGAUGGGACGAACCGACAAAUAUUAGUGACGUCAAAGAUCACGUGGCCAAAUGGCUUGGCGCUUGAUUUACCAAAUAACCGGUUAUACUGGGCUGACGGGAAACGAGGAACCAUCGAGAGUAUCAAUCUCAAMGGGACCAACCGACGUUCAGUAGUCAUUGGAAAGCGGUCGCAUCCAUUUUCYAUAGCUAUAUUUGGAGAUCACGUGAUUUGGACCGAUAUAAUAGCGUUGAGUUUGGAGAUUGCGGACAAGAGGACUGGUGAUGAUAGACGACAGCUUCUGAGAACUGCAAAGCCGAUCACUAACGUGAGAGUAUUCCAUAAUAUACUACAGCAAAAGAUUAAUGGCGAAAAAUUCCUCUUUGAAAAGUUCUGGAAAAAUAACAAAGGUUCGAGGCCUCCMAAAAUCCGACCAACAAUUUCCAAACAGCUACAAACUGCCCAAGGAAAUGGAUCGACUACAUCCGAAAACGAUACGAAACACUUCGAGCAUCCGCACGAAGCUCCACCGAAAACGCACCGAAUAUUCUCGAAAAAGAGUGCUGCCAUACAUCGACAUAAAAAGAAGAGCARYGUGUUCUUCAACACAAUUAACAAACUAAAAGAAAAAUACAAACAAAAUAYGCCCAAAAACAGAACAGACGCYACGUACAACGACAGCGAUGACUCGUUGUGUUUGAAAGAAUUAUGCAAACAAYUGGGAAUAUGCGACUAUGAGAGCAUGCGCAGUAGAAUGGGUAGAACGAGGUCUAACUGCUCAUGCGUGGCCCGCAUGAAAGGUGAAUGUGACGUUGUUUCACCGAAGAAAACAAGACGAACGAAGAACAAUGGUGAUAUCGAUUCCCAUUGGUUAAUUCUCCUAGUAGUGACCCUAAUACUCCUCUUGGCCGCCAUAACAUUCAGCGUUCUCUGGAGAAAUGUGGUCAAAAAGCUAAAACCAUCUCCAAAAGCUAUCUACAAUAGAAAAAAMCAGACYAUCAAAAUCUCAAAUCUACCAAUAAUUGAUGACUUUGAUAACGACGAAGAUGGACCAAUCUAUUAUCCUUAUUCCGGCAGAGAAAAUCCGAUCUACGUGGGCUCAGAUUUAGGUCAGCGGACGCCCAUCUUGGAAUGCGAGGAACCUGGYRACGAGACMACUUGUGGRCUCACACCUUCAGGAAUAUGUGGYCAUAAGUUUGAGUAUUCACCAAUCACCGAUGAUGGAUUGGACGUACGUGAAGAUGAAUUCCAUGAAUUUGUGAACCCCGUYUAUGCAAGCCCAGAUAUCUAGCAGGCGUUCCUUGCGACGACCGUGAGGAUAAUGGUAAUAACCGUGUGGGGAAUGAGCCUAGGAUUUUAUCGACUAGGCGUUCCUAGCGCGGUCGCUAGGGAAAUGKGGCUUAUAGUCUCUAUUGUUUGUUUUUUCAAAUGAGUAAUUUUUGCA